AUGACUGAGAACACAAGAUUGAAAGAGCUCCAAACCGAGAUCCGCACAACGAUUGAUGAUCUGCGUCGUCUAACAGCAACGGUGGAAAAGCUGCAGAGCACGAUAGAUGAGAGAAAUCGAAAUCAAGACUCGACGAUGGAUGAAAUCAAACUCGUCUUACAACAACUAUUGCAAAAUUCCACUCAGACAUUUGGAAGUCCUUCGAACUCAAAUUCCACAGUUAGAGUUCAUCCGCUACAUUCUACGAACUCGGUAAAAGACAUUUCUCUCGGUUUUCCGCACUUCGAUGGCUCCACCCCAGUUUUAGAAUGGAUUUUUAAAGUAGAUAAGUUCUUCAACUACCACAACACACCUGAUGCUGAGCGGGUUGAAAUAGCUUAUAUGCAUUUUGAGAAUGACGUGGUGCUAUGGUUCCAAAUGUUCCAGAAGAUUGAAGUGGUCACAACCUGGACAGCGUUGAAGCGUGCUCUGGAAUCUCAAUUUGGGCCCUCUCCCUUUGAUUGUCCAAUGACAGAACUGUUUAAGCUCCAACAGCAAGGCUCGGUAUCAUAUUACUAUAUGAAAUUUAUGUUGCUUGCAAAUCGCUGUGAGGGUUUAACCGAGGAAGCUAUUUUAAAUUGCUUUAUGAGUGGUUUAAAUGUUGAUAUUAGAAGAGAUGUGAUUGCCUUGACUCCAACAAACCUAUUACGAGCAGUAGCAUUAGCUAAACUAUAUGAAGAGAAAUAUAUGCCAGGAACCAAGCCUACCCCUAAUUACACCAUUCGAUACAUAACUUCUCCGAAAGUAACUACGUCCAGGGUUCAAAACACAACAAGGACCAUCCUACCAGCUUCCAAAUCUUCCUUACCUCCGUUGUUACCUAACCCACUAGGACCGCCAUUAAGAAACCCCAAUGUCAAAAGAAUAAGCCCAGCAGAAAUGCAAAUACGAAGAGAGAAGGGUCUAUGUUAUUUCUGUGAUGAGAAAUUCUCUUUUAAUCCCAAGUGCCCAAACAAGCAAUGUUUUGUCCUACAAUUGGGGGAGGACGAAUCAGAUAAUAUGGAACUAGAGACUGAGUUACCCCAAGACAAGGAAGCAACUGGAAACGAAGAUCAUCACCUAUCUUUGAAUGCCUUGAAAGGUGGUUUCGGAGUAGGGACAAUUCGAUUCACAACACAUAUUGGAACUAUGUCAGUCAAAGUAUUGAUUGAUGGAGGCAGUUCUGAUAAUUUCUUACAACCAAGGGUUGUGAAAUUUUUGAAACUUCCCGUGGUGAUGACUCCUUCAUUCAAAGUAAUGGUUGGUAAUGGGAAUUACAUGGAAUCUGAGGGCUUAAUACAAAAUUUGACUUUAAUAGCACAGGGCAAUGUUUUCACAUUAUCAGUGUUUCUUUUAUCAUUCUCUAGUGCUGAUCUCAUCCUUGGUGCAAAUUGGUUGAAGACAAUUGGCCCCCACUUAGCAGAUUAUGAUUCGCUGCAAAUCAAGUUUUUGCAGGAUGGUCGCUUCACUACAUUACAAGGUGACCGAGACAUGUUACCUAAAACAGCUCAACUACAUCACAUAAGGAGAAUGAUGGACAUUAAUGCCCUAGAUGAGAUAUAUAGUAUGCAGAUGGUCCAUCAAGCCACUCAAAAUUUUCCUCUAUUUGAACUUCUAGAGGACAUGGAGCCAGACUUGGUGAAAUUAUUACACAAUUACAGCAUUGUCUUUAGCCAACCGUGUGGACUACCUCCACCAAGGAGUCAUGAUCACUCUAUUCCUUUGUUAGAAGGAUCAAAUCCAGUCAAGGUGAAGCCCUAUAGAUAUCCACACAAUCAAAAGGAAGAAAUUGAAAAUUUGGUGGAAGGUAUGUUAAAAGAGGGCAUUCUACAACCCAGCAACAGUCCUUUUUCAUCUCCAAUUAUUUUAGUCAAGAAGAAAGAUGGCACAUGGAGGGUUUGCACAGACUAUAGAGCCUUGAAUGCUAUAACAAUUAAGGACAGUUUCCCAAUUCCAACAGUGGAUGAACUUAUUGAUGAGUUGUAUGGAGCUCGUUAUUUUUCCAAGCUGGAUUUACGGUCUAGAUACCACCAAAUUUUACUGAAACCAGAGGACCGACAUAAAACUGCAUUCAGGACUCAUCAAGGACUCUACGAAUGGUUGGUUGUGCCAUUCGGGUUGUCCAAUGCGCCAACAACAUUUCAAAGUUUAAUGAAUCAAAUCUUUAAGGGUGUAUUGAGAAGAUUUGUCCUAGUUUUCUUUGAUGAUAUAUUGGUCUACAGUUCAAGCUGGAAAGACCACCUAUACCAUCUAGAAGUGGUGCUGAGGAUUCUUCAACAGAAUCAAUUAUUUGCUAAGUUCUCUAAAUGCAGCUUUGGAGUGCAGCAGAUCAGGUUCAUUAUUAAAACAGAUCAGAAGAGUUUGAAAGAAUUAUUGGAGCAGACACUCCAAACCCCUGAGCAACAACAAUGA